AUGGGAUCUUCUCAAGUUUUCCAGAGCGUCCGGUGGUCAACCGAGCCGAACCGAACCGGAGUCAACCUUGCGUUUGGCCCGAACGCAGCACUUAUUUGGCAACAUUCGAGCAGUCGAAGUAAAUAUAAAAACAUCCAGGUAGUAGUGAUCUUUCCAUACUCAGCAAGCAUCUUCAAAAAUCAGUACUUGCAACUACAAUGGCCACAAUCACCGAGACCACCACUACACUCAACGCGCCCGGAUUUUAAAUAUGGUGACUUCCGCGAUGACCUGCUCCGAGAUGGAUAUGCAGUGGUCAAGGGCGCCGUUCCCCGCGAACGGGCUCUGAAAUACGCGGACGAGAUCUAUCAGUGGCUGGAAGACUUGUACGUAUCAACGCGAGACGACUCAUCGACUAUACAAAAAGACCAUCUCCCCGAUAUUAAUGAGAAGGGAAUGUGUCUAGGAUAUGCUAUCGCCCAUGAAUCCUUCACAUGGGCAGUGCGUCAAGAGCCAGAGGUCAUCAAGGCUUUUGAGAAAGUCUACGAUACCGAAGACCUGAUCAGCAGUUUCGAUUCGGUCAACAUAGGGUUCCCGAACCGCAAGGACGUUCAGCCCAACAAGCCCUGGCCGCGGCAGGAUCAAGACCCCCAGGAGCCGGGCUUCCGCUGCUUGCAGGGACUGGUGAACCUACUUGUCAAUGGGCCCAAGGACGGAGGUUUGAUUGUGUGCAAGGGUGCCCACCGGUUGAGCGGGGAGCUACACGAGGUCUUCAAGGAUGAAGAAGAGAAAGUCUGGACAUAA